GGCCCCGCCACCGCCGCACGGCCCCGCCGUGGCGCAGCACCCCUGCCCUCCCUGCCUCCCUCCCUCCGCCGGCUGACGGGCAGAUAUGGUCCUGAACACUGCGAGCACGUGACAUCGAAGAUGGACAACCGGAUCUGUUACAAAUUGUGAUUGGCCUUAACCUGACUUAAAACUGUUGAAAAACUUACCAGGAUUUCCUUAAUUCCUGAUUUAUGCCUAUCUAGUUGCCUCACACCACCAGCUUAAUCAUGUAUGGAAGUGCUCGGUCAGUUGGUAAGGUUGAGCCAAGCAACCAGAGUCCAGGGCGUUCACCAAGGCUGCCACGGUCACCACGUUUGGGCCAUCGUCGAACCAACAGCACAGGAGGCAGUUCAGGGAGUAGUACUGCGGGUGGCAGUGGGAAAACCCUUUCUAUGGAAAAUAUUCAGUCCUUAAAUGCUGCCUAUGCUACAUCUGGCCCUAUGUAUCUAAGUGACCAUGAGAACGUGGGUGCAGACACCCCAAAAAGCACCAUGACUUUGGGCCGGUCUGGGGGGCGGCUGCCUUAUGGUGUUAGGAUGACUGCAAUGGGGAGCAGCCCUAACAUUGCCAGUAGUGGAGUUGCCAGUGAUACUAUUGCAUUCGGAGAGCACCAUCUCCCUCCAGUGAGCAUGGCAUCCACUGUGCCUCACUCACUGCGCCAGGCCAGGGAUAACACAAUCAUGGAUCUGCAGACACAACUCAAAGAAGUAUUAAGGGAAAAUGAUCUGCUUCGCAAGGAUGUGGAAGUGAAAGAAAGCAAGCUGAGUUCUUCCAUGAACAGUAUCAAGACCUUCUGGAGUCCUGAGCUGAAAAAGGAGAGAGCUCUGAGGAAAGAUGAAGCUUCAAAAAUCACCAUUUGGAAGGAACAAUAUAGAGUUUUGCAAGAUGAAAACCAGCAUAUGCAGAUGACUAUCCAGGCUCUCCAAGAUGAACUUCGGAUCCAGCGGGACCUGAACCAGUUGUUCCAGCAGGACAGCACCACUAGAACCAGUGAGCCCCUGGUGGCAGAGCUGACAGAGGAAAACUUCCAGCGGCUCCAUGCAGAGCACGAACGUCAGGCCAAGGAACUCUUCCUGCUACGUAAAACCUUAGAAGAGAUGGAACUGCGUAUUGAGACACAGAAACAGACCUUAAAUGCACGUGAUGAGUCCAUCAAAAAGCUGCUGGAGAUGUUGCAGAGUAAAGGUCUGUCAGCAAAAGCCACUGAGGAAGAUCAUGAGAGAACAAGACGGUUGGCUGAGGCAGAGAUGCACGUGCACCACUUGGAGAGCCUUCUUGAACAGAAGGAAAAAGAAACCAACAUGCUGAGAGAGGAGAUGCAUCGUCGAUUUGAAAAUGCUCCUGACACAGCCAAGACAAAGGCUCUCCAAACUGUUAUUGAGAUGAAGGAUUCAAAAAUUUCUUCCAUGGAGCGAGGCCUCCGGGAUUUGGAAGAGGAGAUUCAGAUGUUGAAGUCAAAUGGAGCUCUGAGUACAGAGGAACGUGAAGAGGAAAUGAAGCAAAUGGAGGUGUACCGGAGUCAUUCCAAAUUCAUGAAAAAUAAGAUUGGUCAGGUGAAACAGGAGCUGUCACGCAAAGACACUGAAUUGCUGGCCUUGCAGACAAAGCUGGAGACCCUCACAAAUCAGUUCUCUGACAGCAAGCAGCAUAUUGAAGUUCUGAAAGAGUCUCUUACAGCUAAAGAGCAAAGAGCUGCCAUUCUGCAGACAGAGGUGGAUGCAUUACGAUUACGCCUGGAAGAGAAGGAGACUAUGCUAAAUAAGAAGACAAAGCAGAUUCAGGAGAUGGCAGAGGAGAAGGGGACUCAAGCAGGAGAGAUCCAUGACCUCAAAGACAUGUUAGAGGUGAAGGAACGUAAAGUUAAUGUUCUUCAGAAGAAGAUUGAAAAUCUUCAGGAACAGCUAAGAGACAAGGAGAAGCAAAUGAGCAGCUUAAAGGAUCGAGUGAAAUCCUUGCAGGCUGACACCACAAACACUGACACUGCCUUGACCACGCUGGAAGAAGCGCUGGCAGAAAAAGAGAGGACCAUUGAGCGUCUAAAGGAGACACGUGACAGAGAUGAACGAGAAAAACAGGAAGAGAUUGACAACUACAAAAAGGACAUUAAGGACCUGAAAGAGAGAGUCAGCAUUUUACAAGGAGAUCUCACAGAGAAAGAGUCAUCAUUACUGGAUCUGAAGGAACAUGCUUCAUCCUUAGCUUCAUCAGGACUGAAGAAAGAUUCAAGACUUAAGACACUGGAAAUUGCAUUGGAACAGAAAAAGGAAGAAUGCUUGAAAAUGGAAAAUCAAUUGAAGAAGGCUCAUGAGGCAACAUUGGAGGCAAGGUCCAGCCAAGAGCUGAGUGAUCGUAUGCAGCAGCUGGAAAGGGAGGUAACACGGUAUCGGGAUGAAUCUAGCAAAGCUCAGGCUGAAGUGGAUCGUCUCCUGGAAAUCUUGAAAGAGAUGGAAAAUGAGAAGAAUGAUAAGGAUAAGAAGAUAGCAGAACUGGAGAGGCAAGUUAAAGAUCAAAACAAGAAAGUAGCAAACCUGAAGCACAAAGAGCAAGUGGAGAAAAAGAAGAGUGCGCAAAUGCUGGAGGAGGCCAGGAGACGAGAGGAUAAUCUUAAUGAUAGCUCCCAACAGCUUCAGGACAAUCUACGUAAAAAGGAUGAUCGGAUUGAAGAAUUGGAAGAGGCACUCAGAGAAAGUGUUCAGAUAACUGCAGAGCGGGAAAUGGUGCUAGCACAAGAGGAGUCAGCCAGGAUCAAUGCUGAGAAACAGGUAGAAGAGAUGAUGAUGGCCAUGGAGAAGGUUAAGCAGGAGCUAGAGUCAAUGAAAGCAAAAUUGUCCUCAACACAACAGUCCUUGGCUGAGAAGGAAACUCAUUUGACCAACCUACGAGCUGAAAGAAGGAAACAUUUGGAAGAAGUCCUGGAGAUGAAACAAGAAGCCCUCCUUGCUGCCAUUAGUGAAAAAGAUGCCAAUAUUGCUCUACUAGAACUUUCAUCCUCUAAGAAGAAGACCCAAGAUGAAGUGGCUGCACUGAAGCGGGAGAAAGACCGUCUUGUGCAACAGCUGAAGCAGCAGACUCAGAACCGUAUGAAGCUGAUGGCUGACAACUAUGAGGAUGACCAUGUCAAAUCCUCAUCCCAUUCCAACCAAACCAACCACAAGCCCUCCCCUGACCAGAUAAUUCAGCCCCUCUUAGAACUUGAUCAGAAUCGCAGCAAGUUGAAGUUAUACAUAGGACAUCUGACAGCCCUUUGCCAUGACCGUGACCCCCUGAUUCUCCGUGGACUCACCCCACCUGCUUCCUACCACCUGGAUGAUGACCGGGCAGCUUGGGAGAAAGAGCUGCAGAAGAUGACCCAGGAGCAGCUUCAUGAGGAGUUAGAAAAGGGCGAGAAGGAAAGUGCAGAGCUGCAGGAGUUUGCCAACGCCAUCUUACAGCAGAUAGCAGAUCACUGCCCUGACAUCCUGGAACAAGUCGUCAAUGCACUUGAGGAGUCCUCAUGACCUUGGCCACUAGCCCCACUGGAGCAGCACAUCAGUGGCCAAACCCAGCCAGUCCAAGGAGCCAUGAGAGUGGAUAGGAAUGUGAAAGACAGAACACGGGAUGGAAACUUCUGAUGCACCUUUUACAAAGAAAACAAAAGCAAAAAGAAAAACUUCUAAAAACUACAUGCUCUCUAGGUUCUUCCACUCUAUAGUUAAUCAGUCAUGUUUGCAUUCAUCUGCUCACUGCCUUUCUACUUCAGAAUCCCAUUCCCCAUUGACUUUGUUGAUGGUAACUUGUGGAUACAAUUAACCAGAGCUCUUCUACUGAGCAAAGAAGAGGGGAUCGACUGAAUACAGCAGCUCUCAUUCACCAUGAGGUUGCAGAAGGGUAGCCCUUGCCUUUUAUUCAUUUAUU